AUGGGCGCUGAAGCCAAGGCUUAUCUUCAAGAGCAUGGCAUACCACAGCUUUUUGAGGGCCUGAUGACUGGAUUAAUCUACAAUCGACCCUCAGACCCAGUGGAAUUUCUUACAGAAGCGCUAGCCAAGAUCCGCGGAAAUCCAAACGCCGGUGUAGCGUGGGACUCAUUCAUCAGCAAAGAUGCAGAGGCCAGCCACCAACCGGUGAAGGUCGACGACAACAAGGAAAAUAAAACCGUCAAGAAAAAGAAGAUCAAACCCAAGGAGAAGCCGGCCGAAAAGGAGCCCGAGACAUCGGUGGCUGCCGAGAUAGCACGGGAUCCAAAAUCACCACCACGGUCGGCUGGAUCCCGGGCAGAAGAUAUGGGUGUGCAGAGGGUACCUUCAGUUAUGAAGGCAGCUGAUGUUGCUCGAAUUCCGGAUGUUCCCAUUAUUUUAUUCAUGGGUGGUCCAGGUGGCGGAAAAACUCGACAUGCUGCCCGCGUUUAUAAUUCCCUGCAAGACCAAGGUCUAAUCCACAUUUGCAUGCCCGACAUUAUUCGAAACGCUUUGGCAAAAUAUAAAGACCGCUUCACAGAGUGGAAAGAUGCCAACGAUAAGUACAUGCGAGGCGAACUAAUCCCCAAUCAUCUUGCUUUGGCACUUGUCAAAGCCGAGAUGGGCCGACAUCCAAACGCGUCAGCAUACUUCCUGGAAGGCUUCCCGCGUGAAGCCCGGCAAGUGGAGGAUUUUGAGAGACAGGUCAAAGCCGUGAAUAUGGCAAUUAUUAUCGAUUACGAUGAGCGGACGUUGCGUGAGCAUAUGGAAAGGAGGGGGAUUUCGAUGGAUGUAAUUGAUCAGCGCAUCAAAGAAUUCAAGCAGAAGACGCUGCCUUCAGCGAAAUAUUUUGAUGAUCAAAAGCUUUUGCACUUGGUCCCCGGUGAGAAAGAUGAUCAGACGAUAUUUGAGAGAAUGAAGAAGUUGGUGUGGCAAGCGAUGGAGACCGGGAUUCCUGUAUAUAAUUCACAUCCGCCGGUUGAAGCUGUAGCAAGAGGGGAUCCGAUCUCGCCUCCACGGACAGCAACUGGCGCAGCAGCCGCCGCUGCUAUUGUUGAAAAUGGAGUGAAAACACCAAGUUCGAAACCACCAUCGGCCCCUGGCUCCAAGCCAGCUAGCAAACCAUCAACCUCCCAUGGACAUCAAGAAGAUAAACCACCAAGUCGACCAACCUCCAGAAAUGGAAGCCGUUCAGGAAGCGCCUCCUCAAAGAAGAGCACAGCAAGAAGUUCAAAAGAAACCCCGAAACCAAAAACCCCUCAAUCAAAUGGUGUACCUGAAACGGCAGCAGAACCAGCGCCCGCCGCAGCCCCAACAGCAGCUGUAGCCACAGUGGCUGUUGUGCACGAGCCACCAAAGACUGGAGAGAAGCCACCCCCCACCGCCAAACCCAUUCCUAAAGGUCUUCCAAAUAAUGCGCCUGUACUUCUUAUAAUUGGAGCACCCGGUUCUAACAAAUCCGCAAUCGCUCAAAGGAUAGCCAAAAAAUAUGAUGGAUUUGUAAUGUUUAGUAUGGGAGAUUUAUUAAGGAGAAAGGUACGAGAAACCCGAGGUGAUGAAUUGUGGGAGCGCAUUGGGAAAAAGAUCGAUCAAGGUGAAGCGGUACCAAUGAAACUAUGCCGUGAAGUACUCUAUCAAGCCAUUCACGACGUUGGCGCCACAAGUUGGGGCUAUGUCAUUGAAGGCUACCCAAGAAACACACAUCAAGCUCAAGAUUUUGAGCAGCAGCUUGAGCGCAUUGAUUUGGCGAUACUUAUUGAUUGCACAGAACAGUUCUGUGCGGAUACGGUAAAGAAGCGCUAUGAAAUCGGAUUGCAGGAUAAGAAUGAGAGGGCUGAUGAUGCUCCGAACGUCUUCCAACAUCGUCUAGAAUUAUUCAAGGCUAAUUGCUUGCCAAUGUUAAAAUAUUUUGAUGAUAAAAACAAACUACGAGUGGUUGAUGGAGACUUGGAAGAAGAUAAAAUUUUUAAUGAAGUUACACAUAUGAUUGAUAAUAGUUUAUUUAUUGAAGAUAAUGGAAGUGGGAAGAGCCUUGAAUCCUCCAAGAAUGGCUCACUUGUCGAGAAUACUGGCCAACCAUCACAAGCCCCACCCCCACUCGCUGUA